AUGCAAGACGCGACAGCACAGAUGGCCAUGCUUCAAUUUAUCUCGUCAGGAUUACCCAAGAUGAUGACAGCCUUCUUAGACGGCCGUGCCAACCACUAUUCACUGCGACCACUUGGUUCAAGCGCAGAAAGGAAGCACGGAGGAUAUUCACAGAGCCAAGGAAACAAGUACGGCAUUGGAUUCUGGAAUCCAGGAUCUGGGAUCAUUCACCAGAUCUUCUUAGAGAAUUAUGCUUUUCCUGGACUCCUCCUCAUCGGAACUGACUCUCAUACUCCUAAUGGAGGUGGUCUGGGUGGUCUCUGCAUUGGAGUAGGCGGAGCCGAUGCGGUAGACGUGAUGGCCAAUUUACCGUGGGAACUGAAAUGUCCGAAAGUGAUAGGAAUCCGAUUGAAGGGCAAGUUAUCCGGGUGGACAUCAGCCAAGGAUGUCAUUCUCAAGGUCUCCGAGAUCUUGACUGUGAAGGGAGGAACCGGGGCCAUUAUCGAGUAUUUUGGUCCUGGUGUUGACUCAAUUUCCGCCACAGGAAUGGGAACCAUUUGCAACAUGGGCGCUGAAGUUGGAGCAACAACGUCAGUAUUCCCGUACAACGAGAGCAUGAGGGACUAUCUUGUGGCAACUGAUCGAAAAGCAAUUGCCAACGAAGCCGAAAAGUAUAAGGAUAUUCUCGUCGGAGACGAAGGAGCUCCAUACGAUAGGGUUAUCGACCUCGAUUUGGACUCUCUUGUUCCACACGUCAACGGCCCUUACACACCUGAUCUUGCUUGGCCAAUUGAUCAAUUUGGUGAGAACGCGAAGAAAAAUGGAUGGCCACUUGACAUCAAAGUCUCUUUAAUCGGUUCCUGCACUAACUCCUCGUAUGAAGACAUGACUCGGGCCGCAUCCAUCGCGAAACAGGCAACUGAUCGGAAAGCAAUUGCCCACGAAGCCGAAAAGUAUAAGGAUAUUCUCGUCGGAGACGAAGGAGCUCCAUAUGAUAGGGUUAUCGACCUCGAUUUGGACUCUCUUGUUCCACACGUCAACGGCCCUUACACACCUGAUCUUGCUUGGCCAAUUGAUCAAUUUGGUGAGAACGCGAAGAAAAAUGGAUGGCCACUUGACAUCAAAGCUCUAGACAAGGGGCUGAAAGCCAAAACUAUAUUCGUCGUUACACCGGGAUCAGAACAAGUGCGUGCUACUAUUGAGAGGGAUGGUCUUACGAAAAUCUUCGAAGACUUUGGAGGGACCGUUCUGGCGAACGCUUGUGGCCCUUGCAUCGGGCAGUGGGAUCGUCAAGAUGUGAAGAUGGGAGAGAAGAACACCAUUGUCACUUCGUACAACCGAAAUUUCACUGGACGAAACGACGCGAAUCCUGCCACACACAGCUUCCUCACAUCCCCUGACACCGUUGUUGGUUUAGCGAUCAAUGGAAGACUCGAUUUCAACCCUCUCAAGGACGAACUUACGGCAUCUGACGGGUCGAAGUUUGUGCUCAAUCCGCCAAAAGGAGACUUCAUCCCGAAAAAUGGAUUCGACCCCGGUGUGGACACUUAUCAAGCACCUACACAAUCCGGAGAGGUCUCGGUCGAUCCUAAAUCGGACCGUCUUCAACUUCUACAACCAUUCGACAAAUGGGACGGUAAAGACUUGGAGGACAUGGUUAUUCUGAUUAAAGUCAAGGGGAAAUGUACGACUGAUCACAUCUCUGCUGCUGGGCCCUGGCUGAAGUAUCGAGGACAUCUGGACAAUAUUUCCAACAACAUGUUCUUGACAGCGAUGAACGCCGAGAACGGAGAAAUGAAUAAGGUUCGCAACCACCUCACGGACACAUUCGGCACUGUUCCGGAAACAGCUCGCUAUUAUAAAGCACAUGGAAAGAACUGGGUGGUAAUUGGAGAUGAGAACUAUGGAGAAGGAUCAAGUCGUGAGCAUGCCGCCCUCGAGCCGCGACACCUCGGAGGAAGAGCUAUCAUCACCAAAUCCUUUGCCGCCAGAAUUCACGGCGAACCACUGAAGGCCAUAAUCAAAAAGCCGGAUGGCUCCAAGGUCGAGAUUUCACUCAACCACACUUUCAACGAACAACAAAUCGAAUGGUUCAAGGCUGGAUCUGCUUUGAACAGAAUGAAGCAGGCAAUUGCUUCAAAGUAA